AGGUGGCAAGAUGGCAGCUUUGGGCCGGGCAGUUUCGAGGUAGCCGAGUGUCUUUGCCGGUGAAGUGGGCAAUCAUGGAAGGCGUACUCGCUGACAAGCUGUUGCAAGAGCCGGCGGUUAGCCUGUGCUUCCACAAAGAUGUGUUCAUGGGUGAGAACUUCUCCGUGGAUACGUUUGUAAGUGAGCACAGGAAGCGUGCCAGCUUAGAGAAGCUGCGCGAUGACCUGGUCGUACACCUGAAGUUCCUGCGAUCGUCGAUGAUCAAGCUGAUCAACAAGGAUUACGCGGAUUUCGUCAACUUGUCAGCUAAUCUGGUCGGAUUGGACAAAUUCAUCAGGAACAUCUCCAAGCCGCUCGAAGACUUGAAGAAAGAAGUAAACCUAGAUGUGAAACUAUGUAGACUCGAGGCAAGUGAAGAAAAAAACAACAGCGAUGAAAAAUUUACUCACAGGAAGCCAACACUUCGUUUCGAAAGCAGCCCUGACACAAGCGAGACUGAACUUGCUGCCAGGCGAGCUGUUCAGGAAAAAAAGGCUUUACUGCAUCAAGCGAUAGCUGUCUCCAAGAGUGUGGACAAGAUCGAGCGCCUUCUACCGUCUCCAGAUCGCAUGGACAGGUGGACGAAUGAGCAAGUGGAGCAGGUGGCCAUAGAGGUGAACCAGGUGCUCUUCUACCUCAGCAAAUGCAAGCAGGUCAAGCUGGCUGGAGCACUGGCUGAGAGAGUGAACGCUGUGACUGAGCUGCUUCAAAGGCACCUUGAGGACAGCUUCUUGCGCGGGCUCAAGAUCGACAGCCAGGCCGAGCUGAGCUCUGUGCUGAGGAUCUACGCCACGCUCGAUCGAGUUGAAGCCGUCGAGGACCUCUUCCGCAAGCGCAUUGUUGCGCCUGCCCUAGACGAGAUGGUGAAUGAAAAAGUGGUUCAGGAGGUUGGCUUGGAUGGUGUCUACAACCAGGUGAUGAUGUUUGUCAGCACCAAGUGCCAGACGCUCCUCGACCUCACUCUCGGAGUCGCCAGCGUUGCAGAGACGAACGCGACCGGUUACGCGUUUUUGGAGAGGGCGAUCCUCCCACAGCUGGUGUCUAUGCUAGAGGAGCGGUUGCCGUGGGUGUUCAACGCGGGCGACCCGGAGUCCUUCAACUGGCGCUUUUCGGCCAGCGUGGCGUUUCUGGAGCGCCUCGAACGCCUCUGCCACAACGUGUCUCAGGUGGAGAACCUGCGAGCCCAGCCGUGUUACGUGCGCUUCAUGGCCAAGUGGAACCUUGCUAUCUACUUCCAGAUAAGAUUUCAGGAGAUAGCCUGCCAACUAGAAUCCGCCAUAACUCAGCCAUCACAGCGCAGUAAAGUCUCUGACAGCCAGCUUCGAUACAUGCAGGCGACGUGUUCUUUCUGUCCGUGUCACGAGGCACUGUGGGCUGCGCUGUGCCGCUGCUGGGACGAGGACGUCUUUCUGGCGCCCCUGUCACACCGGUUUUGGAAGCUCACGCUGCAGCUUUUGGCUCGGCACCGGGGCUGGUUGCAGCAGUACACCGCUAGGUCGGGUGUCGGAGAGGAAACGAGCUCGGGACACGAGGCUGGCGACGCUUUUCCUGAUGAGGAAAAUGUGAUGAUGUUUACACUCUUGUGUCCCCCGAGGGCACAGUUGGGAUCCCUCCUUACCGACACAGUCGAACCAAGACUUCAACAGACUGGUUUCGCACAAUUACAGCUUCUGAAAGAGGGACUGGAUGAGUGUUCUCAGCUCCUCACGAGCCUGGCUCCCAGCAUUUCUGGCCGCUUGGUGUCCGACGUUGCCAAGGCCUGCUGCGUCCAGCUCAAAAUGGUGCCCGACAUUCCACGCCUCUACCGCAGGACGAACCGAGAGGUACCAUCGAAACCAUCCAGCUAUGUCCCGCAAAUCCUAUCACCUCUGGCGACAUUAAGGCACCUGGGCCGCCAGAAUGUGAAUCUGAAUUGGGACCCCGCAUGGACUGAGUCGGUGCUCGAAGAAGUCACAAAACAGUACAUGACCGUAACCAAAGAUGUGCUAGUGUCCGUGAAGAAAAUGGAAGACAGCCUGAAGAGACUGAAGCGAGCUCGCGAUAGGACACCGUUACCAGAAGGGGCUGCCUCGGACGACGACAAGAUACGUCUACAGCUUUACAUUGAUGUCGAGCAUUUUGGGAUCAAGAUGGAAGAGCUCGGAACACCGAAAUCAAAAGUCCCAAGCUACGGAGCUCUUAUGGAGAUAGUGGAAGCGGCGAGGAAUUCCCCUGGCUUGUGAAGGUCGUGACAUCGAAAGCACCAGUGCCUUUCCGCCGGAGUAGCUGUGGGAAUAUCUAACCAGCGGGCAACAAUUACAAUCGAGGAUGUCUUGCCUAGAAAGGCGUUGUAAAUACUGAUCAACGGGGCUGUACAUACAUCUUUGUAACAUAGUAAUAUACUGUGGCUGCUGAGCAGCGUCUAUUUUUGCAUCACAUUGCAUCAGGGUGUGUCGACGGACACUGUUGGCCUAUGCGCGCAAAAAAUAGUCAGUUGGAAAGCUGUUUGACUAGC